AUGGCGCACUCUGCAGACAGCCUCACUCUAAAGCUCCCUUCAUCUCUGUUCCCUCUGGGGCCGGGGCUGCCUCGAGCCAGAUGGAGACACUGGGCCUCACUGCUCUUCUCUGACAUUGGCAGCGCCUGCCCCUCCCCAGGCAUGGCUUCGUGCCCACCUACCUGCUUCCCACCGUCAUUCGCCCCUUUGGCUUCUGUCCUAGGGGGGCCCUGGGAAGUGGGCUCUUCUGCCCCUGCCAAGGGAGGUCUGGGAGGGUGGUCUCCGAGAGGCCUGAGGCUACAGGCCAAGGGCCUGGGGGAACCCCUUUCCCCCAGGCUACUCUCUGUCCUGCCUGCCAGGUCCUACAACGAAUCCUGCUCUCCUGACCCCACUGAGCAAGGGGGCCCCAAGACCUGCUGCACCCUGGACGAUGUCCCCCUCAUCAGCAAGUGUGGCACAUACCCCCCAGAGAGCUGCCUCUUCAGCCUCAUUGGCAACGUGGGUGCUUUCAUGGUGGCCCUGAUCUGCCUCCUGCGCUACGGGCAGCUCCUGGAGCAGAGCCGUCAUUCCUGGGUCAACACCACAACGCUCAUCACAGGCUGCACCAACGCUGCGGGCCUGGUGGUGGUGGGCAACUUCCAGGUGGAUCACGCUAAGUCUCUGCACUACGUCGGAACCGGCGUGGCCUUCACUGCCGGGCUGCUCUUUGUCUGCCUGCACUGUGCCCUCUCCUACCACGGGGCCACUGCCCCCCAGGACCUGGCUGUGGCCUACCUGCGGAUCGUGCUGGCAGCCAUCGCCUUUAUCUCUCUGAUCCUCAGCGGGGUCUUCUUCAUCCACGAGAGCUCUCAGCUGCAGCACGGGGCAGCCCUGUGCGAGUGGGUGUUUGUCAUCGACAUCCUCGUCUUCUACGGCACCUUCAGCUAUGAGUUCGGGGCAGUGUCCUCGGAGACGCUGGUGGCCGCGCUGCAGCCUGCCCCCGGCCGGGCCUGCAAGUCGUCCGGAAGCAGCAGCACCUCCACACACCUCAACUGUGCCCCUGAGAGCGUCGCCAUGAUCUGAGGCCUGGGGAGGGUGGCUGGCCCGGCCUCCGCAGCUCCCCACCGCGUAUCUCCUUUGCGUUUAUUUUGUACCAAAAAACGAUUUUGAGAAAGUAUUGUGUUGGAACAGAGGCUUCCUCGCUCCUGGGGGAGUGGCCAUCCCACACCCACCUGUGCCAUACAGGAGCGGGCCCUGGCAGCUGCCCAAGCUGCGCACAGCCUGCUCCCCACACCACAGUGUUAUUUUUAUGUUUUAAAGGUCACGUAUCCUCAUUCACCCAGCCAGCCCUUCAGGUGCCUUCUACUCCCCCGGUGCCAAGGCCAGACCACUGGGGUUUCCUGCUGCAGGAAUUGGGGGCUGGGAACAGCAAGAGGGACAGCAGUCUGGGGGCGGGGGUGAGCACUCCUUAGUCUGUGGGAAGGCCUACUUCUGGGCCCGCUGAGCUGCACUGGGAUUCUUCACUCUGUCCCUUUCUUUAGGGCAAAUAACACAGCAGAACCACGUCGGUAUUUUAGUACUUUUUUUUAUAUAUAUAUCUAUUAAAAGAAUUCUAAUUUGCA